AUGACUUCCUUCUUCAAAGAAAAAAUCACCGGUGCUCAAUCAGACGUCGACAGCGCUAACUCUGAGAAAUACUUUAUUCAGGUGCACGCAGCAACUUCGUACGAUGACUCCAAGGCUAAACAGGUCAUCAUCAAUGGUGCACCCACAGAACUAAACAAGAAUGCCAAAGUCGCGGUGCGCAUCAAGGAAUAUCAGGGUCUGCCUCUGGACUCUCCGGCCACUUCUCCGUACUUUGAGGACCAGGCACAUUCGCAUGAUACAUACAGUAUAGCUGUUUCUUGGAUCCCUGAUGAAGACAUUGAUGCAGAUGACUUGGUUUGGGGCAUUGAAUUGGUUAACCCAAUCCGUGAUCGCAUACCUGGACGGUUUAUUACUACCGCCUUCAACAUUGUCAAAGGCUUUGUGGACUCGAGUCUGAAAUGCGACCCUAACGCCGAUCAACCCUGGCUCAAUGGACCUGUUCUAUGCUCUACCGCCAUAACCUUCAGCAUCGGUCCCAAAGGCAACUGCGAACUCCCUGCAAUCCUUGCAGAAGGCGGUCUCUCCGACGACUCUGCAAUCCGCAAAACCCACAAUAUCCCCACAUCAGAUUCACAACGCCGCAAACACUUUCUGGACGAGCAGAAUCGCAAGAGCUUUGUAUUCGAANAGGGUCGUUGUUACGCCUUUGACUUCCACAACGGCUACAUCGAUUGGAAAAACUACGCCCUCAAGCUCCCUGGUUUCUCUUUUGGCCCAAAGGAGCCACCGCCACGAAACGGACACCCAGAAAACUCGAACGGCGAUCUGGAAAUGCUGGAACCGUUAAAAGGACCUGAGACUGAGAAUGUCGACAAGGAAAAGUUGGUGCAGCAACCGAUUCAAGGUCCUGAGGAACCCAAUGGCUCGACGCCGCGGAGUUUUAGUACCUCGAGGAAAUCUUCUGGCAGUGGGUCUGGAGUGUCGCUUCAGGAUGAUGAUGCAGAACAUCCUGCUGUUAAUGCGGCCGAUCAGGUCAUUGCAGCAUCUGAAGAAAGAAGGAAAAGUGAUCAGCUUAGGAGGUCGAUGGAUGGGACGUCCUGA